AUGAACUGGGCUUUGGCUAUGGAGGCCCGGGUGUUAGAUAUAAACGAAGAGGUGCGAGGCGAUUGCGGCGGGCGUGAAAAGGCGGAGGACCCGGGAGAGCUGGAGGAGUCGGAGGAGCUGGAGGGGCGAGCUGCUGGGUUCGGGGGUCUCGGAAGCUAUCACCCGGGUUCAUGA